UGUAGCCCUCCUUAUUGGAGAUGGCCUAAGGAGGCGUAUUUUUAUUUUUUGGCAAAGAAAUAGGGUGUAAUUGGCCAACAAAAAGACAAGGGUGUGUUCCAGAGAGAGAGAGAGAGAGAGCGCGCGAGAGAGACAGAGAGAAUUUGGGGGUUAGGGCUUUGAGGGACUUCGGCUUUGCAAUCGCCGUUGCGGUGCAAAGGAGUAGUCUUUUUCGGCUAGACUUAGAAGGAAGUAAAAACAAUGUUCAAGAACACAUUCCAAUCUGGGUUUCUGUCCAUUCUAUACAGCCUUGGGAGCAAACCUUUGCAGAUAUGGGAUAAAGAAGUUGUCAAUGGCCAUAUAAAGAGACCACAGGAUGAAGACAUACAAUCCAAUGUCCUUGAAAUUGUUGGAUCGAAUAUCCAGUCCACAUACAUUACUUGCCCUGCAGAUCCAUCAGUAACACUGAGUAUAAAACUGCCGUUCCUUGUUAUGAUUGUGAAGAAUCUGAAGAAAUAUUUCACAUUUGAGAUUCAAGUUCUGGAUGAUAAGAAUGUCAGGCGACGUUUUCGAGCUUCCAAUUUUCAAGCUGUCACUCGAGUGAAGCCGUAUAUCUGCACCAUGCCACUGAGGAUGGAUGAGGGCUGGAAUCAAAUCCAGUUUAAUCUGGCUGAUUUUACCAGGAGAGCCUAUGGAACAAACUAUGUGGAGACAUUGCGAGUUCAGGUUCAUGCAAAUUGUCGCCUGAGGAGGAUAUAUUUCUCUGACCGCUUGUACUCUGAAGAGGAACUUCCUCCUGAAUUUAAACUAUACCUUCCAAUGCAGCAGAGGACAUGAUGUGAUGCAAGAGAGGAGGUUCAAACUGUUGGAGCUAACUGGAUAUAAUCUUUGCUUUUGCUGGGUGUAUCAGAAAGUACCAAUUCUAUUACCCUUAUAAUCUAGUUCGGAAAACCCUUGAUCUUCAGAGAUUUUGUAUGCAUUGUGAUUGGAUUAAGCAUGAUUGGAUAUAAUGUUUGCAUCUUGGAUUUAUUCCAAUUUUCCUAGGCUGGUAAAUACCGUUGGUUUCUUAUGUUUAUGGACUGUGGAGUUGAUGUAGAAGAACCAGAUAUUAUACAUAAUUUGUAGCACAAAAUAAAUUAAUUAUUGUUUUGCUUUCAGUAA